AUGGGCCGCAACCCGCAUACCGAUCCCCAGCGAUAUGCUACGCCGCAGCAGCUCGUAGGGCCGCCGGCCACCUACGCAUCCGCCCAAAGGGGCCUUCUCAACUAUGACUAUGUGAUCGUGGGCGCCGGCGCGGCAGGCUGUGUGCUCGCCAACAAGCUGUCCGCAGACAAAAACGUCUCGGUGCUGCUGCUGGAAGCCGGCAGCGACAACACCAAGAUCUUCGAGUCCAAGGUCCCACUGCUAUUCUCCAAGCUCUUCCACACCCAGAAUGACUGGGAAUACUACACGGUCGAGCAGCCCGAGCUCGCCAACCGCCGGCUGUACUGGCCUCGCGGCAAAGUCCUCGGCGGCUCCUCCUCCCUCAACGCGAUGAUGUACCACCACUGCGCCAGCAGCGACUUUGACGAAUGGGCCUCAGUCCAUGGCUGCAAGGGCUGGAGCUACGAUGAUCUCGCACCGCACUUCCGCACCAUGGAGAAAUUCACCCACAAUCCCAAUCGCCCAUCCAUCAACCGCCAGCACCGCGGCCGACUCGGGCAAUGGCAGACGGGGUAUACAUGGCUCUCGGAGAUUGUGGAAAAGGGCUUCCUGCCAGCCUGUGAGGAGGCGGAUAUCCCGCCGAACCCUGAUAUCAACACUCGGGAGGGCACCAUGGGCGUGACGAGGUUCCAGACCUUCAUCGACCCCAAGGGCCAACGUGCAUCGCUCGCAACGGCCUUCCUCACACCAGAGGUACUCGCCCGGCCAAACCUUUACGUUGCAUGCAACGCCUAUGUGACCCGCGUUCUCUUCGACCAGAUCACCAACCGAAAAGAGCCGCGGGCAAUUGGCGUCGAGUUCCAGAUGGCUCGCGGUGGCGAGCGCUUCCAAGUGCACGCACGACGAGAGGUCGUCCUCAGCGGAGGAACAAUCAACACUCCCCAAACCCUCUUACUGAGUGGAAUCGGACCUGAAGAUGAGCUGAAAGCCCACGGCAUCCCAGUUGUCCAAGCGAACGACGCCGUCGGCCGCAACAUGAAAGACCACCUCUGCACAACCCCCAUCAUCGCCAAGGCAAAGCGCAGCGCCACCCUCGAUUACCUCGGCGAUACCCUGUAUGCGCUGCCGGCCCUGGCGCGCUGGAUGCUCACCGGUGGUGGUCCCCUGACUAGCAAUGUCGGCGAGGCCGCUGCGUUCAUUCGGACGACGGAGUAUAACUUCCCCCAGACGGUGAACCCGCCCAAGGACAAUGCGUCUGGUCCUGCGUCGCCGGAUAUCGAGAUCAUUGGCGCCCCUCUCGCCUUCAUCCACCAUGGCGAGGAGAGGCCAUCCGAUGGAAGCAGUGUGUUCACUCUCGUCCCCAUUGGCCUCCGUCCGAAGAGUAGCGGCACCAUCACCCUGAAGACGCGCGAUGUCUUCGAUGCCCCAAUAAUCGACCCGAAAUACCUCAGCGACGAAGGCAACAACGACCGCAACGUCCUCCUCGUCGGGCUGCGCGUGUGCAUAAAAAUCAUCCACAGCGCGGCCUUCCAGAAAUACUUCGAAGCCGUGCCCGUAGACGACGACCCAACCUCCUACUGGUGGCCCUACUCCAGCAGCAACCCGGACAAUAUCAGCGAUGAGCAGCUGCUGCGCUUUAUGGACGAGAAGGCCUUCACGCUGUACCACCCCGUUGGCACGGCGCGGAUGGGCCCGUCGGCGGAGAACAGCGUUGUUGAUACGGAGUGUCGGGUUCAUGGUGUGCGGGGGCUGAGGGUUAUGGAUGCUAGUGUGUUUCCCGAGCAGAUUAGUGGGCAUCCUACUGCGCCUAUUGCAGCCAUGGCGGCGAAGUUGGGUGAGAUGAUUAAUGCUGGUAGGGGGCCUGCUCCGGUGACUGCGAGGCUGUGA